GAUGGGUGCUCGGAAAGCUGCCGUGAUCAGAGACGAGUAUAAUUGGGAUGCGCCGACGGUUGGGCUCAGAACGGCGCUGGCGCAGGUGAACACUGUUGGUGGGCUUUAAUCUUUGCGGGUGAAGAGGGCACUUUAAGUAGGCAGUUGGACGGGAUCGCGAACUAAUCUUGCGACCUUGGCAGCCAGAGUUUUGUGUCUUUUGCUAUUUCGCAACCAUGUUGACGGCACCAUGGGUGUGCCGAAGCUGUGUGCGGUCGCUGCGGUCCCUGUGGAUUCCCCAUCCUCGGCUCCUACGAAGAGCUAGCACAAACGGCGCGACCGACCCCACGCCCGGCAUCUCGCCGUCCCUCUUGGAGAGGGCGCGCAAGAUUGCCGCCGAGCACGGCCAAUUGAGCGUCUCGUUGGAAGCGAACUUCGAUCCCAAGACGGCAAAACGCGCCGGCGAAAUCUCGAGAGUCGCGGCGGCGCUCAGAGAGUUCGAACAGGCGAGGACGGGGCUCGGCGAGCUUCAGACGCUGUUGACAUCGGACGAUGCCGAGAUGCGAGAGCUCGCCCAAGACGAUCUCGAGGCUACCAAAGCCCAGCUGGCCGACCUCGGGCACAACCUGUCGGUGGCCCUGUCGCCCAAGCACCCCUUUGCCGACAUGCCCUGCCUGAUCGAAAUCCAUCCCGGCCCGGGCGGCACCGAGGGGCGCUUCUUCGCCGACACCGUUUUCCACAUGUACCAAGCCUACUGUGCGAACAAGGGCUACCGCACGCGCGUGGUGCAGUACGAGGCCUCGGACAGCGACGGCCAGAAGGGGUCCGAGGGCGAAAUCGCGCUGCAGGAAGCCGUGCUCGAGGUGCAGGAGCCCGGGGCGUACGCGGCCUUCCGCGGCGAGGCCGGCAUGCACCGCGUGCAGCGCGUGCCGGCCACGGAGAAGAGCGGGCGGACCCACACAAGCGCCGUGGCGGUGUGGGUACUCCCCUCCUUCCCGGAAAACUCGGGGCCGGGCACAGCGAGCGACGUGGAAAACCCCGACAGCGACUUCUACAUCGACCCGACCGAGGUGCGCACCGAGACGAUGCGCGCGCGCGGGGCGGGCGGCCAGCACGUCAACAAGACCGAGUCGGCGAUCCGGCUGACCCACAUGCCGACCGGGACCACGGUCAGCAUGCAGGAUUCGCGGUCGCAGGCGAGCAACCGGGUGUCUGCGUGGCGCAUCCUGCGCUCGCGCAUCGCGGCGCAGAAGCGCGAAGCGCGCGAAGAGCUGACGCGCAGCAUGCGGAGCAGCGUGCUCUCGCAGUCGCAGAUCACGCGCGGCGACAAGAUCCGCACCUACAACUACCAGCAGGACCGGUGUACGGACCACCGCAGCGGCAUGGACGUGCACAACCUCCCCGACGUGCUAGCCGGGGGGGGUUCGCUGAACAAAAUCAUGGACAGCGUCCAGACGUGGCUGCUCGACAGGGACAUCCAAAACGUAAUCGCCGAAGAGGAGGCUACCAGUGCUAGCGAUAAGAAAGGGGGCAAAUAGGGGCCUCUGAUCGUGUGCCAACCCAGGCAGCUAGCUAUCGCCGCCAUGUAUAAUUGCCUACCUUGGCCACUAGGCGUCUCUGUACAAAUGGGCUUAGACAUGGGAAUAAUUCUGUUCAAUACACUUCAAUUCAUUCUCGGUACCUGCAUCUCGACGUCGACCGCCUUUCCUCCAGCCUCGGAUAUACCGAGCAUGUGUCUGCUGUUCCAAUUCGACUCAAGAAACAAGCAUUGCCAUGAAGCUUGUUUCUUUGGUCGAAAGCUUGACAUGCCAACUGCAGGACUUUGGGAGUGGACGAGGUUGCAAGUUGCAGCAAUGACGCGGUCCAUCUUUGCCUUUGCCCCCUUAGGCAGG